UGACCUGACUAUGGUUUGUGGAAAUGUGUUGGAAUCGAGUCCUUGUUUUUCAAGCCUCUGACUAACUGAACUAAGUCUUUUAUAUCGGAAUAUAAACAUCGACAUGUUUAUUCGAAGUUUGUUAAUAGUUAGACGAGGUGGAGUCUGUCCAGAGAGAGUGUCCAGGUGUGUAUAAAAAGAGAGAGUUAAUGUGGUGGUGGUUGUAGGAUGCCCCGCCGGAAGCGCACAGCGGAUCAAGACGGAAGAAGAGCCAAAUUCAGUAAAGUGGAGAAUUAUGAAGAGACUCUGGUCAUAUCUGACUCUGAACGUGAAGAGGUAAAUGAGGAACAAUGUGCUGUUAAAACAUCCACUCGGGCAGCUCGAUGGAGACGAAGGGAAAAUGAUUCUCAGCUACAAGAGAUGACAGAAGAUGAGAUGCUGGACCUGGCGAUGAGGCUGAGUGCUCAGGAAGCAAACAGUGCUGCCCAGAAACAACACCUGGAAGACGACGACAUACAAAAAGCCAUCGUGGAGAGUCUUAAUGACCGCAGUGUUAAAUCAUCAGUGCGUUGGUAUGAAGCCACCAGCUCUUCAGCUCAACAACAGCAGAGCGAAACAAAAGUGAAAUCACAUUUAAGACGGAAGCUUUCCUACCCAAGCCAAGGUGGAGCACUCCAUGGAAAAGAGAGUCCUGCUGCACAGGAUGGCGACAAUAAGCGGGAAACCACCAGUCCACUGCCAGAAAUGCCUGAUCUGUCACAGACGACCACCCCACAUCAUUCGAGUAAUUCAGCUCUGCUCUCUGGGCCUCAUGCAGCCUCUCAGCAUGUCCAUGAGUCCUCCCAGGAUAAGACCUCAGAUAGUCAGCCACUCAUCAGAGACUCUGUGGAGGAUGAUCUCUCUCAGUCUGUCUCGCAGUCCCUGUGUUCCCCUGUCUUCCCCCAGCAGGGCAGCUUUAUUCGCCUGCCUUUAGUAUGUGUGGAGAAACUGAGUCAGGACCACAUCAAGGCCAGCACAGACUCAAUAAACCACCUUAACACACAGGGCAGUGCUGUCGGCUCCACUUGUCCUGACAGAUCUCAGUCCACACAUCAGGGCUCACCCAUUCCCAAAAGCCCUGUCUUCACUCAGAAUGACUUCAGAAGAAAAACUGAUUUGCUAGAGGUCAAAGAUGGCCAUAUCACAUCAGAAGAGAAUGAAGGCAAUACUCAAAUACCUGAUGAAGAUUCACCAGCAUCUCUAAACCAUAAAGGUUUGUCUGCCAGGAGCACCGAUUCAGAUAAAUGCCUUUCACCUUCCAGAGGAUCCCAGCCAUCAAACCCAAGAUGUGUGUCAAUAAAUUACAAUGCAGAUGUCACUGUAAGAAGUAAAACUCACGACUUGAAGCAAGUGAAGGACCAGAUUACUCUAGAUGAGAACGUAAAAGCUGACUCUGAAAGAGCUUCAAACACUCAGUCUUGGCAUGGGUUUGCUAGUCACAUGGUCUUACAUUUAACAGAUGAUGAUGAUGAAGAUGAUGGUAGCGAAGAGGUUCACUCCCCGAGCCCGGUCUUCCACCAGGAGACAGUUUCACUGCCAGCCCAGAACAAGCUUUCCCCAACCCAACCCUGCAUCUCUCAAGCUGCUGUCACCCUCAGUCCUUCCACGAAAGACUCACAGAUGUCCCAGCCUGCCCUGGAGGAGGACUCAAAAACAUCUAGAGGCCCAGCAUCCAAACCCUCUGAUUGCAAAAGUCCACAUACUGCAGUGGUGAAGGGAGAUUGUACUGUGUCAUACUACUGGGGAGUUCCUUUCUGCCCCCAGGGUCAAAACCCAGACGACUACACACGUGUGAUCAUGUGUCAGCUGGAGGUGUAUGAGAAGACACUGAAGGAGGCCCAGCGAGAGCUGCUGCGUAAAGCAGAGUGGAGUCCGCCAGUGUUACCUGGUUCAUCAGAGAGGCCGUUUGGCACAAGGAGAUGGAAGCACCACAGAGAUCUGCAGAUGUCAGAGGAUGAGGAGGAGAAGGAAGAAGAGGGGGAGAAGGAAAACAACAGAAUAGAAGUAGAGGGAGAGGAGGAGGAAAACAGGGAGGAGUCUGUGGUGGGAUCAGAGGAGGCUGCUAAGUGUGGACAGGGUGAAACUUAUGUGGUGCUGCCUUCUCCUGAGACUGAAGAUGAAGAAGUGCAGCAUAAAUCAUCUUUCUUUAGCCAAGUGGAGCCCACGCCUGGAUCUAAACAUUUCAGGAAAGAUACAUCAGAUGAUGCUCAAAAACAGCAUCCAGAUGAGCAAGAGGAAGAGGAUGCCAAGAAUCAUGAGGGUUAUGAAGAAGAAGCGACAGUUUGUCCAGAAACUCAGAUGACUGAAAGCAGCACACCAGAGCUAAUGGUGACAAGUCCUGACAGUCCCACACAGCCUCAGUCUCGUGCUGACAGCGAGUUGAUGGUGGGGGAUGGAGGAGCUCCUGCAGCAGAGGAGGUGGUGAUGGAGCAGGACAGUGUGCCAGCAGAGGCCACACCUCCUGACAGUCAGAGGAUGGAGUGUCCCAUGUGCUCAAAACUCUUCCCUCUUAGCAGGAUUGAGGUGCAUGCAGCCUACUGUGAUGGUGAAGCAGAGGACCAAGACCAACAAGAAGAACAGUCACAAGUUGUUUCCUUAAGGAAGCGGACCAGAAAAGAUGUGACACAGGAGACUCGACACAGAUCUGGGAACAGAUCAGCAAAGAUGGAGAAGUGCUUUCUGUGUCAGGGGUUCUUUCCACCUCAGGAGUACCCGGAACAUGUCGAUUUGUGCUUAAAAAAGAGAGACUCAAAAACCAAUCAGGGAAACGGCCUGCUUUCUGCUCUCGACCAGACAGAACGGAGACAUAUUGGCAGUGAUGAUGCUGGACCAUCUGAUAUUUCUAUAAAGAGCAACUGUGGCCUUUCAGAUCCUGCAGUGAUGGGUGCAUCUGGAGGAAGUGUAGAAUGCUCUGCGAUGACUUCCGCUCCCAGUAAUGCCUUCACUCCCCUAGCAGAGGACACCGACUGCCUUAUUGACUCCUCUAAGAACAGCCAAAGACUUGCAAGAAAGAGAAAAUUCAAAAGAUAGUGCCAGCAUGCUUUUAGGAACACUCAUGUCUGUCCUUUUUCAAAGCCUCUCCAUUUGUUUGAAUUUUUAUAAUUGAUGUGUACAAUGCAUAAAUUAAUCUAUUUAAAGUCUUUGUUGUCUUACUGAUGUUUAUUAAAUGAAAUUGCCCUUUUUGAUGGGCUAAUGACAUGUAUUAAAUGUGUCUCUUGAUUGUUUAUUACCAAGAUAAAAAUGAAAUAAAAUGUUUCUCAUUCUGCUUUCAGAUUCAUGAAAGCAUGAAAAAAAGAAAAAUAAUUUAAGGUGAUAAAGA